CUCGGCUGUAUAUUCUGUAGUCAAAUCAAUGAGAUCGAAAUCGGCCACUCUUUCAAAUCCUGACCCGAGCCUCACCUGAGACCCUUCUUCGCUUCAGCGCAGCUCUGACGAUGCCGACUUCGAGUGACGAGGAGAGUUACUCGUACAAAACCUCUAUUUCUGACGAAGAGUUGGAUUAUAACCCUUGCCAAUCAUGUGUCCUUUCUACCAACUGCUUGGAGAACGUCUUCCCAGCACUAGAUACCGAAGAGAACCAGUUCGCCAAAAUGCCUGACACUGAUUACAUCCUUAUCUCGCUGGAUUUCCAUCAUAUUUGCUUGAGAGAGCUCAGUGUAUCCAUACAUGGACCGUCAUAUCGACAAGAUCCUAUCAUCGAGGCCGGAGUCGCGUAUCUCGACAUGCGAGAUAUCUUGUAUGACCGUGGUAAAGGCGUCAUGCCUGGAGAUCGUGGGUCGUCCUGGUUCAAGUACAUGACACCUCUCCACUAUAUAGUGGAAGAGUUCGAGAACCAAGACGAAUCAGAUCAGUCGCCAUAUUUGUUCGCUUUUGGCCGAUCAAGAAGGGUUCAGGAGAAAGAUCUUGCGUACAGAUUUUACCGAGUCUUUUCAGCACUGAGAAAAAAGAACAGACGGAAAGAUGAGGUCGAGCAAGGACGUCUUCGACAGCUCAUUUUGCUGACCUUUGACACAGAGCCCGUCAAAACUGCGCUGUUGCAGCUUGCUUUGGAGUGGUUAGCAGAACCCAAUGUGCAGAUAUGGGACUUGAAGAAGGAGAAUCAGUUUCAGACACGCCUUCAACAACCCGCAGUAUUUGAGCAUAUUCUGGAGCGCCUGGGUAUUCGGUUUGAAGAUACUCGAUUCGGAAAGCUCACAUCAUGUUCGGGGAAUGCAACUGUGUUUAUGAUUCAGACCAUCCUGGCCUUCUCCUAUAAAAACGCAGGUCAAAAAGCGUUGCUUGAGGAGCGUAGACCAUUGAGUUGGCUGCGAUAUACUUGGGUAGGCCAUUCAUUAGAUCAGAUGAAUUUGGCGCCGGGAGAUGUACCAAGGAGAAGGCAUGAAAGCGAGAUGAAUCGUCAUAAUGUCCCUCAGAAGAAGAAUGAGAAGGCGUUCGGCUGAUAGUUGCUGGGUGCAGAUCCGGGUUCCUGCUAAACUGAGGCUUGAGGCGUAGAAUAGACAUCACCUGCCUAAUCAUAUUACAGCGUAUGUUCCAUAUAGUAAUGAGGAAGGACGUAUUUGACACAACUUGCCUUUGUUAGGGAUGUGAAUCACAGCUGGAAGGUGCUUGCAAUUCAUAACAGUCCGACUGACCUCUUUCAACGUCGACUCAACAUCAACA